GCACCUACUCAUACUCUCAUUUUGUGGUUUCACAUAUCACAAACACACACUCUCAUAACUAAAAAAAAAUUGUUGUGUCUUGUAUUGUAUGAGUUUGUGUUAAUAUUAUAUUUUUCUCAAUUUUUCUCUUUUGUGAAUGAUGGAGAAACACAAGUGCAAAUUUUGUAUGAGAAGCUUUUCUAAUGGUAGAGCUUUAGGUGGACACAUGAGAUCACACAUGAUGAACCUACCAAAACAAACUGAGUCACCAACACCACCGCCGCCCCGAGCACCAACUGUUCAGCUCAGUUUUGAAGCUGAAUCAGCUUCUUCUCUUUCAUCCUAUGGUCUAAGAGAGAAUCCAAAGCGAAGCUUUCGAUUCACAGAUCCCAAUCAAUUUAUAGAUGCUGGUUCAAUAAUUCUUCAGGAAGAUAGAGGAAGUGAAACUGAGUCGUCAAAGAAUCCAACUGGACCACGAUCCAAACGGGUCAAGAAAGAUAAUGAUCCGGUGAAAAACUCAGUACAGAACGAGUCUUUUUCUGUACUGAGUUCUUCAUCGGAUAUAACAACUGAAGAAGAAGUAGCUUUUUUUCUCAUAUCAUUGUCUCGCGAAGAUAACAACAUAUGGAAAACUCAUACACAACGUCAUGAUCAACAGCAUCAAGAUGAUCAGUAUGAACAACAACAAGUCGAAGAAGAUGAAGACCAAGAAGAAGACGAAGAUGUCGAGGAAGAAGAAGAAGAAGAAGAAAGUGAAGCUGAAUCUGAAGAAGAAGAAGAAGAACUGAAACCGUUGAAGAAGGUACGAGGAAGAUACAAAUGCGACACGUGUAACAAAGUGUUUCGUUCAUAUCAAGCACUAGGUGGACACAGAGCGAGUCACAAGAAAAAUAAACAAGUUGCAGAAAGUGGUGGUGAUUAUUCAAUUUCACAACAUCAUGAAAAAAUUAACAUUGAAAAAAAUAUCAAUGUUAGUGAAAAGAAAAUUCAUGAAUGUCCAAUUUGUUUUAGAGAAUUUGCUUCAGGUCAAGCACUAGGUGGACAUAGGAGAACACAUAAUAUUGGAUUCGGAUCAGCAUCAGCAUCAACAUCAGCAGCAGCAAUAACAACAAUGGUUAGAAGGAACGUCAAGGUUGCUCGAGUUUCCGCGAAUGUUGGAGAUAGUUUGUUAGAUCUAAAUUUUCCUGCUCCGAUGGACGAAGAUGAAGAUGAACAUGAAGACAAUGGUGAUGACGAUGUUAGUCAAGUUGAAGGUUCUGCUGUUUCCGAUGCUGAAUUUGUCAAACCUCAUUAAGAGAAUGAUGAAUUCAUUUUUUAUUUAGUUUGAUGGAUCCAAAGGUACAAAAAUUUUGGUUCUGUUUUUGUUUUUUGCAGAACAAUUUUAGAUUUGCGAAUUGCUUAGCAAAUUGGGUUAUAAUGGUUAUUUCAUAGUUUACUUUAUACUUUUUUGUAUUUUAAUAAUAAAUUGAAUAUUAUAAUAAUGCUUUUUAGACUCCAACUGUAAUUCAGUUUUUUGGGGAUUAUUGUUA